AUGAACUCUCAAGUGCGCCAGAACUACAGCCAUGACAGUGAAGCCGCUGUUAACCGCAUGAUCAACCUGAAGAUGUAUGCAUCUUAUACCUACCUGUCCUUGGCAUAUUAUUUUGACCGUGAUGAUGUGGCACUACAUCAUGUGUCUGAGUUCUUCAAGGAAAUGAGCAAUGAGGAGCGAGAGCACGCUGAGAAGUUCCUUAAGUGCCAGAACAAGCGUGGAGGGCGUGUUCUUCUUCAGGAUAUCAAGAAACCUGACCAGGACACUUGGGGAAGCACCCUGGAGGCCAUGCAGACAGCUCUGAAUCUGGAGAAGAAUGUUAACCAGGCUCUGCUGGAAUUGCACAAUCUGGCAACUGAUAGAAAAGAUCCCCAUAUAUGCGACUUAUUGGAGUCUGAGUAUCUGAAGGAACACGUGGAACACAUUAAGAAGAUUGGAGACCACAUUACCAACCUGAAGCGGCUGGGUGUCCCCCAGAAUGGCAUGGGCGAAUAUCUGUUUGAUAAGCACAGCCUGGAGGAGAGCAGCUAA